UGUUGGGAGAACAAAAAAAUUACAACAUGGACGAGCCGUUUCAGUGUGUGAAAUCAUUUUUGCUUAAUUUCAAAUUGAACAACUGCUGUUAUUUUGCCUCGGUCAAGAUUGGUUUGUUGCUGACCGCAUAUUUCAAUGUCAUUUAUGACAUAUCAUCUAUAAUAGGAAUCAGCGACGAAAGUUAUUCUCCCAUCAUAAAGCUAGUUGAGGACAGUCUCCUUGAGGACAACGCAACAAAACCAGUUCCUAUUUUGUGCUACUCGACAGAGCUGGCUUUCAAUGUUAUAUUACUAUGUGCAGUGUACAGAAAAGAUCUUUGCUUGAUGACGACAUUCGUUUACUUCGGUAUCACAUCACUCACGACCUCUAUACUCAUAUACUCCGUUGUGAUUGUCGCUACCGGUGCCUUCAUGAAAAUCGCUAUUGUUCUUAGCAUAUUAUUCCAACUAUACGUAAUACUACUGGUUCGAAGUAUGAUCGUCGAAAUUAAACAAGCAAGGAAGAACGAACUGUUGCCAACAGUAGUGAUGAGCUCUCUCCUACGCAAUAAACAUGCUCUAAUAGUACAUGAUGCCGAAACCCAGGUAGACCAGAUUGAGCCAAAUGCGUUGGAUACUCUAGGAUAUAACCCACUGGAUAAUUACAGCGACUCACAACUGAAAAACGUCGUAGAAAAACCUAAAAAAGAUAAUAGCGUUGAUGACAUAGAGUUAAGAACUACUACAGAUAGAGCAUCAGAUAUGAACGAAAAAAUCAAGCCGAGUACUCUUGUAGGAAAACCUAUUGGAGAAAAUCAAAAUAUCGCCGAAGCAAAAACAGAAACGAAGAAAGAUAAAACAUUGGUCCUUCAAAAAGAAGCUAAAUUAGAGAUCGUUGUUGAAGAACCAAAAGCAAAUAUCGUCAUGACUGAUUCAGGGAUGAAUGAAGAAAAAAUAUUAAUUGAUGAUAAUGAAUGUAAUGUUGAAACAAUUGUUGAGAAGCCCAAGAAGAGAAGAUGGUUUAUUAGUAAAGCGAAAACGGUAGGAAGAAAUGACAAACCGUCGCCUUUAAAAAAAAAUAACGAGAAACAAUCCAAUCUGGAAACAGUCGAAGAAAUGCCGAAGAUGUAG